AUGGAGGAGGGGGAACUGUCCCAUCAGAUCAGAAUUCAGGUUAUCAGACUUCUGAUUCUGAAAGACAGUCGAAGGGUGUCGUGGAAGAACAACAAGCACGAAAUUCUCGAAAGAAGUGAGGUCGUCAAAGGAUGCGGCUGUCGAAGUUGGCAUCAAGACCGAAGUACGGAGGGAGGUCCAUCUCUAGGAGAGCAUGAAGAUACGGACUAUGAAUUUGGUGUCAAAGGAGGAAAAGAUGUGAUGAAAAAU